AUGAGGAGUGCAGCUCUGGUAUUCGCGAGCCUGCAAUAUGUUGCGGUGGCAUCGGCAGCAUCUGUCCCUAGAGGCGUCGGCCCCGAGUUCGCCAAGUUCUACGAAAGUGCUUCAACGUUCAAGUGUAUCUCGAAUCCUACGAUAGAAAUUCCCUUCGCUCGCGUGAACGAUGACUACUGCGACUGCCCAGACGGUUCGGACGAACCUGGCACUGCCGCCUGUGCUCACCUGUCACCUCUUUCACCCCAUACUUUGGUCGAUACGCCCGUGAAUGGACCGAGUGCAUCCGCCGCCUUGCCGGGGUUCUUUUGCCAGAACAAAGGUCACCUGCCCAGCUAUGUUCCGUUUGCGAACGUCAACGACGGAGUCUGCGAUUACGAUCUGUGCUGCGAUGGUUCUGAGGAGUGGGAGAACAUUGGAGGAGUGAAGUGCAAAGAUCGCUGCGAUGAGAUUGGAAAGGAAUGGCGGAAAAAGGACGCCGCUCGCGCCAAAAGCGCAAGCAACGCUGCGAAAAAGAGGGCAGAGCUUGUCAAGGAAGCGGCUCGAUUGAAGCAGACGGCGCGCGAGCAGGUUGAGCUGGUCAACACACAGAUCGAGGCCGGCCAAGUCAAGCUCACACAGCUAGAGAGGGAACUGGAAGAGAUUCGCAGGAACGAAGCGGGUAAGGUUGUGAAAGCCGGGAAGACGAGUGGAAAGUUGGGCAUCUUGAUCGCCAUGGCCCAGCGGAGAACGCAAGAGUUGCGAUCAGCGUUGCUCGUAGAGCUUGCACAGAAGUCUAUCAACAAAGCACGUCUGGAGAAACUCGAGGCGAUCAUGACCACAUUCAAAGAGGAAUACAACCCCAACUUCAAUGAUGAGGGAGUGAAGCGCGCUGUGCGAGCUUGGGAAGAAUACGUCGCCAGUGGCUCGGCCGACAUCCCUUCAGCUCAUCCUCGCGAUAUCGAGAGCAUUGUCAAAGAUGACAAAGAGAAUGGCGUUGACUGGGACAGCUAUGAAGCAUCGGAGGAAACCGUUCAGCCAGAUGAGACCGACGCCCGUAUGUUAUACGUCCUUUCAAAUUACCUUCCACCAUCCCUUCGCAGCUGGCUCGACGACAAGAUCCGCGAGCUUAAGGCUAUGCUCGUCGCUAACGGCAUCCUCGCAGAUACUGGCAGUGCCAGUGGUGACAACAACGAAAGUAAAAAGGUCACUGAAGCACGCCAGCGGGUCGAAGUUGCACAGAAGGAUCUAGAGAACCACCGCAAAAGCCUUCAGGAAAGCCAAGACGACCUGGCUGCGGACUUUGGUCCAGACGACAUCUUCCGCGCCCUCAAAGGCACAUGCAUCGAAAGUGAUUCAGGCGAAUACACCUACGAACACUGCUUCCUCGAGCGGACGACGCAAAAGUCCAAGAAGGGCGGCGGGCACACCGACAUGGGUCGUUACGUGCGCAUGGAGAGGAUCACGGUCGACGAAGACGUCGGUUCGGACGGCAAGGGUCUAGGCAAAGGCGAGCGUAUUGCGCUGAAGUAUGAGAACGGCCAGCAUUGCUGGAACGGUCCGCUGCGAAGUACCACGGCGGUUCUUGCCUGUAGCGAACAAAACGAAAUCUGGAAAAUUGUGGAGGAGGAGAAGUGUGUCUACAGGAUGGAGGUUGGCACGCCGGCGGUUUGUGGAAUUGAGGCUGGAGCCAAUCCUGCAACAGCCGCAGCGGGAGGUCAUGAUGAGCUGUAG